AUGGCCGAAGGUAAAUGGCAGCUCGUCAGCCAAGGCGCUGAGGCGAAAAUCUUCGAGACGGAGUUUGCUGGCCGCGCGUGCAUUAUCAAGGAGCGCGUCAAGAAGAGCUAUCGCCUUCCAGUGCUGGACAAGAAGCUCUCGCACCGCCGUCUCGUGCAGGAAGCUCGUUGUAUACUGAAAUGCCGUCGUGCUGGUGUCCUCACGCCCGCCAUCUUUCUCGUGGACGAAGACAAGGGGCGCCUGUACCUGGAAAAAGUGCAGGGUGGCAGUCUAAAAACCUACUUGCAACGAGGUUACAAGCUCGACCCAACGUAUGGUCCCAUAGCCUUGGAAAAAGCCUACCAGAUCGGGGAAGCAAUUGCCAAGAUGCAUGAUGCAGAUGUUGUCCACGGUGAUCUGACAACGUCGAAUAUGAUGCUGAGCAACGACGAGGCCACGAAUGUGACGAUGAUUGACUUUGGCUUGGCCAACUCGCAACCGCUCCCUGAGGACAAGGCCGUCGACCUCUAUGUCAUGGAGCGUGCGUUUGCUAGCACUCACGUCAACUCGGAGCUCUUGGUGGAAGAAGUGCUGCGUGCAUACCGAGCAAAAUCCCGUCGUUCUGACGCGAUUUUCCAAAAGCUUUCUCAAGUGCGUAUGCGAGGCCGCAAGCGUACAAUGGUCGGAUAG